AUGCACGCUGCGGUGGAAGCCAGCCUGAGCGCCGCGGGCCGUGGGCCGCGCACGGAGCUCCAGGACGAGGAGGACGGCUUCCCCCAGGGCGGCUGGGACACGGUCUUCCUGGUGAGCCUGCUGCUCCUGGGGCUGCCCGCCAACGGGCUGGUGGCGUGGCUGGCCGGCUCGCAGGCCCGGCACGGGGCGGGCACGCGGCUGGCCCCGCUGCUGCUCAGCCUGGCCCUCUCUGACUUCCUGUUCCUGGCGGCGGCCGCCUUCCAGAUCCUAGAGGUGCAGCACGGAGGGCACUGGCCGCUGGGGACGGCCGCCUGCCGCUUCUACUACUUCCUGUGGGGCGUGUCCUACUCCUCCGGCCUGUUCCUGCUGGCGGCCCUCAGCCUGGACCGCUGCCUGCUGGCGCUGUGUCCCCACUGGUACGCGGGGCGCCGGCCGGCCCGCCUGCCCCUCUGGGUCUGCGCCGGGGUCUGGGUGCUGGCCACGCUGUUCAGCGUGCCCUGGCUGAUCUUCCCCGAGGCCGCCGUCUGGUGGUACGACCUGGUCAUCUGCCUGGACUUCUGGGACGGCGAGGAGCUGCCGCUGCGCGUGCUGGAGGUCCUGGGGGGCUUCCUGCCCUUCCUCCUGCUGCUCACCUGCCAUGUGCUCACCCAGGCCAAGGCCUGCCGGCCAUGCUGCCGGCCCCGGCCCCCGGCCGCCCCCGGCUUCGCCCGCGUGGCCAAGACCAUCCUGUCGGCCUACGUGGUCCUGCGGCUGCCCUACCAGCUGGCGCAGCUGCUCUACCUGGCCUUCCUGUGGGACAUCUACCCCGGCUACCUGCUCUGGGAGGCGCUGGUCUACUCCGACUACCUGAUCCUGCUCGACAGCUGCCUCAGCCCCUUCCUGUGCCUCGCGGCCAGCGCCGACCUCCGGGCCCUGCUGCGCACGGUGCUCGCCUCCUUCGCGGCAGCGCUCUGCGAGGAGCGCCCGGGCAGCUUCACGCCGUCUGAGCCGCAGACCCAUGGGCACUCCGAGGCCCUGACUCUGCCAGGGCCGUCCACUGGGACCCAGCCACGGUUGGAGCCCGUGGCCCAGCCUCCCGGGGGUCCCCCACCCCAGCCACGGUUGGAGCCCGUGGCCCAGCCUCCCAGGGGUCCCCCACCCCAGCCACGGUUGGAGCCCGUGGCCCAGCCUCCCGGGGGUCCCCCAGCCCAGCCACGGUUGGAGCCCGUGGCCCAGCCUCCCGGGGAUCCCCCAGCCCAGCCACGGUUGGAGCCCGUGGCCCAGCCUCCCGGGGGCCCCCCACCCCAGCCACGGUUGGGGCCUGUGGCCCAGCCACCAUUAGAUCCUGUGGCCCAGCCACACGUGGAGCCUGUGGCCCAGCCACACGUGGAUUCCGAGGUUCAGCCACAGUCGAACACCGAGGCCCAGACCUCUGGACCCAUUGCUGCCUCAGCCCCCAGUCCUGACGACAAAGCCACCCCUACCCCAUCCUCAGAUCCCACCCCAGGAGCCCCUGAGAACCCAGCCAUGCCGACCACCCCUGAGGGAGAGAGCCUCGGCGAUGCCCCACCAGACAAGGCCCCUGGCCCAGGCCCCACAUGA